AAUCACGGUAGAGAGCGUGAUAAACUACGGGGACCGCCGUUAACGGUAAUAAAUUAUUGGCCGGAAGCCGGCUCCAAGUGUGAGCGGUGCACGUCCGGCUUCGCAUCGCUCAUCCGGCCAAAGCCGACCUUUGGUGGCUUCGAGCGCCUCCUUCCUCCCUUUAUAUAACCCCAACCACACACUUAGUUCGAACACCUUGGCUCAAUAAUAUCUCCACCAAACCCCUCUAGGUUCUCUGCUUCUCUGUUUCAAGCUUCCAAAUUCUAACAAAAUUUUAGGAAUUUGUGUGCAGUUUCUGCACUCAAAAUCUCAAAUUCUUCUGGGGUUAAAAAACUCCAGUCUAUGUGUGUUCUGUUUUCUUCUCUGGCUGGCAACUGUUCCAGUAUUAGCCAUGUGUCAAAAAUGAGUCUGUCUCUGCCGCCCGGUUUCCGUUUCCAUCCCACGGAUGAUGAGUUGGUGGGGUACUACUUGAAGAGGAAAGAGGACGGGAUUAAGUUUGAACUUGAGGUUAUUCCAGUGAUUGAGUUAUAUAAGUUUGACCCAUGGGAGUUGCCAGGCAAAUCAUUCCUUCCAAAAAGAGAUAUGCAGUGGUUUUUCUUUUGCCCACGAGAUCGUAAGUACCCAAAUGGUUCACGCACUAACAGAGCUACAGGAUCAGGCUAUUGGAAAGCCACUGGUAGAGACAGAAAAAUUAUCUGUGAGUCUUCUGUCCACGGGCUUAGGAAAACCCUUGUUUUCUAUCACGGGAGGGCUCCUGGUGGAGAAAGAACUGAUUGGGUGAUGCACGAAUAUCGUCUUUGUGAAUGCCUUCCUGAUGGAUCUUCCAAUUUUGUGGGAGCUUUUUCUCUGUGCCGCAUAGUGAAGAGACACGAUAAUGGGCAGAAAAUAGGUGAUCUCCAAGGAGAAUCCAGAGAUAGAAAAGGUCAUUCUUCUGCCAUGAUAGAUUUCAGCCCAAAAAUGUGCUUCAGCAAGGUCUUGAGUACCUCAGAAGAAAAUGAAUCUGUAGUAACUGACCUGUUGAACAGAAGCAAUGGUUCAACUAGAAUCAAUUCUCCAGAGAACUUAAGGGGGACCGAACUGCAUCAAAUUUUGAAUGAUUCUGAUCAGAGAGACCUAUGCGGAUCACGAGUUGUUUCAGAUGCCUCAGAGGUUUCUUCACCAAAGGAAGGCAUAUCUGAAUCAAUGAUUACAAAUAUGUUUCCUAUUUCAAUAGAAACAUGCACACCUUGUAAUCCUUCUCCUAUCUCAUCCUAUGCAAACUUCAGAGAGGAAGCUUACGUGAUUGAUGAGCUUAAUGGUCAUGGAUGCUCUUCAUCUUGUCCGAGUCCUGUAUACUGCAUGGACAUGUUCAGCAGUGUGGAAGACAGCACAUUGCAGAGUCUUGAGUGGGAUACACCAAAAUUUAUGAAUGCAUCAUUAAGCGCUGCAGGAAUCGAACCCUGGAAUCUAGUGUUAUCCCCUCCAAUUUGUAGGCAAGCAAGCGAAGGAGAGGAAGCAAACCUGUGGUUUCAGGAUGACAGUAUGGUCAUCGUGAAUUAAAAGUUUCUCUAGAUGGAGGCCAAAAGACUCUAGCUGGCCUUAGUUAUAGUAAGAGGCUGUUAAAAAAAUACCAGCUAUAGGUAAUUUCAUGUUGUAGUUGAUUAUGUGUUGCAGGAUCUCUGAGGCAACACCUUUUAGUGUUUGCUCUCCAACAUAUUAUGACAGUUCCUGCCUAAAUAUAUCAAGAAUGUGAUCUCCAGAACAACCCCUUUUAACGUCUGUGCCUGGAGACCAAUAAAUUAAAGUUUGAGAGUAUCUACAAGAUUAUGCCACCACUACAUUGACAUCAUUAUUGAUUUUCAACAUGUUUCUUAGGCAAAAGUCUUGUGUGUAAUAUGUACUGUAAGGUUUGCCUGUAACUUCUAUUAUUGGAUCAACAAUAAAGAGCACUUUCAAGGUGUAAUAAGUACUAUAAGGAUUGCCAUCUGUACGCUGAUUGUUUUUAGAAAUCUGUACUGCAAAAGCUUU